AUUGAAAAAAAAAACUGUGUGUAUUGUGUAAUUGACACUAGACAGUUGUAUGGAUUAUGUAUAAUUUAAUGAUUGUAUUGAGAGUUGAAACCUUUAACUACAACUUUAACCUAUUUCAUAAUUAUUAAACUUUCAAAAUCUAGCUGUGAACCAUAAGUAAGACUCAUUAAAAUGUCAACUCCACCUCGAGAAACUAUUCAAAAGCAAAUACAGCAGGACUGGGCGAAUAGGGAAUACAUUGAAGUUAUUACAGGAAGCAUCAAGAAAAUCACGGAUUUCCUCAACUCGUUUGAUAUGUCAUGUAGGUCUCGGCUGGCUACUUUAAAUGAAAAAUUAACAUCAUUAGAAAGGAAGAUUGACUAUUUAGAAGCAUGUGUGACCAAAGGAGAAACUUUGACAUAAGUGUCCCAUAGUGAAAAGAUUGAAAAGUACAUGAAUUAGCUGAAUUCAGCAUAAAUAGAUUGAUAAUGCUGAAGCUUGCACAAUUCAUUUCACCGAAGUAAUUAAAAUCUUUGAUUUUGUGAAACCUAGCUUAAUUUAAGGAUUUCUAAUUUUAUUUACAACUUCUUUAUUUAAUUUAAAAUAUAUUGCUAGAAAUCCCCCUGAGGUCUAUGAGAGAGUUUUUUGUAAUGACUUUUUAUUAGUGACAUUUAAACAAUAUUUUGCUGAAUAUGAAAGUUUUACCAAGCUUUCAACAGUAAUUGAUUGCUGUGAAGGGUCACCACGUUAUCAAUUUUUAUUCUGAUACUAUGCACAAUCAAAAAUAGUUUUAACCUUUGUGCAGCAAGAUGUGGACAGAGCUGUUUGAACACUUGCCAUGGUACAAUAAUUUAACAUACAGUAUAGAAGCUGUAAUAACAAUACUAGUAUAUAGAGUAUAUACUUAUUUCAAUUAUUGUAAAAUUGCAUCAAAUUGAAUUACCAUCUUGAUUGUUGCUAAUUUUCUGACUUGAGACUUAGUGUGAAAUACCAGUAUCAAGUUUCUUUUCAAAGGUUAGUCUUAAAGAAACAACAUUGAAUAAAAAUUAUUUAAUUCUUAGUUAUGUUAAGUUUUUACAUUUAUAUUUAAAAUGUGUCUUAGCUUAUUAUAUUAAAUAAAUAAAGAUGAUUCUUAUCUUG